CUGAAUCACACUGCCGGGGCUGAAGCCCACCGCCUCAGUCUGCGCGCAUCAGCCUCCGGGCACAAUGUUAGACAACGAGGAGUUCAUGGUGGAGGUGUACCCUCAGGAGCUGACCCAGAACCCGCUCCGGAAGAUCUGGAUGCCCUGCAGGACCGGACACAUCGCGCACAGACGCGUGUGUAUGACAAACUGCCCGACCCUCAUCGUGACGGUCGGACUUCCCGCCAGAGGAAAGACGUACAUCGCAAAGAAGCUCACUCGCUACCUGAACUGGAUCGGCGUGCCAACCAAAGAGUUUAACGUUGGGGAGUACCGGAGGGAGUGUCUGAAGAUCUACAAAUCCUUCGAGUUUUUCCGUCCCGACAAUGAAGAAGGCCUGAAAAUCCGACGGCAGUGCGCUACAUCGGCGCUCAAUGACGUCCGGGAGUACCUGAGCGUUGAAGGAGGACAGGUCGCGGUGUUCGAUGCCACAAAUACAACCAGAGAACGAAGAGGGACCAUCAUGAAGUUUGCAGAGCAGAAUGGUUUUAGGGUAUUUUUUGUGGAGUCUGUGUGUGAAGACCCAGAUGUAGUCGCACAAAAUAUAGUGCAAGUCAAACUGGGAAACCCAGACUACAUCGACUGCAACUCAGAGGAGGCCAUCGAGGACUUCAUGAAGAGAAUCAAGUGUUACGAGUCUUCAUACCAGCCUCUGGAUGAGGUUCUUGACAGGGAUCUAUCCUACAUUAAGAUUAUGGAUGUUGGCCGCCGUUAUCUUGUGAACCGCGUGGUGGACCACAUCCAGAGCCGAAUCGUCUACUACCUGAUGAACAUCCACAUCACGCCGCGCUCCAUCUACCUGUGUCGGCACGGAGAGAGCGAUCUCAACAUCAAGGGACGCAUCGGAGGCGACUCCGCCUUGUCUGCCAGAGGAAAAGAGUUUGCCAAAAAACUGAGGAAAUUCAUUGAGGAGCAGAACAUCCCAGAUCUGAAAGUGUGGACCAGCCAGAUGAAGAGGACGAUCCAGACGGCAGAGUGCCUCGGGGUGCCGUACGAACAGUGGAAGGCUCUCAACGAAAUAGACGCCGGUGUGUGUGAAGAAAUGAUGUACGAGGAGAUCCAGGAGCAUUACCCUCUGGAGUUUGCGCUGAGAGACCAGGACAAAUACCGCUACCGCUAUCCCAAAGGAGAGUCGUACGAGGACCUGGUCCAGCGGCUGGAGCCCGUCAUCAUGGAGCUGGAGAGGCAGGAGAACAUCCUGGUCGUCUGUCAUCAGGCUGUCAUGCGAUGUCUUCUGGCAUAUUUUCUCGACAAGUCUGCAAAUGAGUUGCCUUAUCUGAAGUGUCCUUUGCACACUGUGUUGAAGUUGACACCUGUGGCCUAUGGGUGUAAAGUGGAGUCCGUCUAUCUCAGUGUGGACGCCGUCAACACACACAGAGACAGGCCUGAGAAUGUGAAUGUGCAGCGCAGCACCGAAGACGCCCUGCAGACAGUCCCCGAUCACUUCUAGCGGCCCGCGGCAGCCCAGGCCGGAGGGCGACUCUCCCGACAGGCUCGUGGGAACGCUGCCGUUCCGCCGCCCUUCACGGCAGCUUCUUCACGCAUACCGAGACAUGUUCCCAGCGCCCGCGCCGUAAAGCACUUUCACCCAAGUCUCAUCCAAUUUUAUACAUGUUUGUUUGACCUAUACCACGGUAGCUUUGGAGGAAACUAAAGGCAGAUGCCAUUAUUUUUGAUAUGUGGUUCAACUGUCGACAGUGCAAUAAUGACAUUUUCACAUUUUGACAAAUUCCUCCAUGUUUGUAUUUAAUAUCCACUGUAUAUUGUGACUGUGUAUACUGCCACCAGAAGAUGUUCUUAUGAUUUGAAGUUCAAGUAGGUAAUCCCAGAACAGAAUAGAACAGAACAGGGGACACUUAAAUUACAAGUGAUUAUCUGUGUUUUAACAGUGUUCUCCAUUUCCUGAUGGUCGGUUUCUAUUUUGUAGUAAAGUGUAAAAACAAAAAGUGCAGCUGUGACGGUGCUCUGUGUCUGUGAACAAAGAUUAGGAUCUUUAACAUUCCAGAUGGGAAGAUACAAUUCUUACUGUGAGAGCCACAAAAACAAUAGGACAAAUAAAGAGUCCCUCGACUAAAUGAGGCUUUUUCCCUGAACUGUAUUCACCUGCUUAGAAAAAUCUUUACUGUUUCUUCAUGAUUACUGUGAAAUGAACUAUUCCCCAGCACACAAUGAAAGCUAAGACGAAUCUCAACCAGAUGUCUAACUUAGGACAUCUUUAGGCCACUCAGUAAUUUUAUCUGCUACAAUACCUCUUUUUAUGUGGGAAUCUAAAGUCUGGUACUGUGUGCAUGUUUGUGUAAUAGUUUCCCUGUUUUAUUCCUUCUUUUUUUUUGACAACGUUGUACAUUGUAUAUGACUGUGCUUAAAAACUGUUUUCAAAGGCCUUGUUUGUUUCAAACUGUCAAAAUCUCAAUAAAGUGAAAUAUUUCUAACUCUU